AUGGCACCAGCCUUUAGGGGUAGGAAAGGUGUUACUACCCAAAAUGUUCUGGCUGCAGUGGACUUUGAUCUUAAAUUUACAUAUAUACUUGCUGGUUGGGAAGGGUCUGCACAUGAUGCUCUCAUACUUACAGAUGCCUUGGAGAGGCCAGAUGGUAUUAGAGUCCCCGCAGGCAAAUACUACCUUGUUGACGUUGCCUACGCUGCUAGACCUGGUUUUCUUCCUCCAUACCGCGGAUGUCGAUACCACUUGAGAGAGUACGCGGGGGGCCUCAAUCCUCGUGACAAAAGAGAGUUGUUCAAUUUAAGACACUCCUCUCUUAGAGUCACAGUCGAGCGAGCAUUUGGUGCCUUCAAAAACCGUUUCAAGAUUGUCUACAACAAGCCUUUCCAUCCAUACAAAACCCAAGUGAAGUUGGUCCUUGCUUGUUGCAUACUUCAUAAUUGGAUACUUCAAUAUGGCAAUGACGAAUUUGUACCACUAGAAGAUGGAUGGAAUCCAAGUGACGACGAGGAAGACUAUCCCGAUGAACUAGACCAAGAUAAUAGGAGUAUGGUCCAGAUUAGGGAUGAUUUGGCUUCAGAUAUGUGGGACAACCGGGGUUCAUCUAGGGUGUAG